AUGGGACCAGAUCAAUUUGGUGUGGCUCAUUUUCAUACCGCUUCGAAGCCUUUGAAAGAAAUUGAUAUCCGUCUUCCAGAAAAUCUUGUUAAGGGAGCUGUGAAAUUAGAUCCACAUCUGAAAAAGUAUCUUGGCGAAGAAUUUUGCGCUGAUCCCAAUACAAGUGUUACUUGGGCAUAUGUGACUUUUGACAAGCAGGCAAAUUUUAUUUUUGUUCAAUUCAACGAAGUCUUGACUGAUUUGAUUACACGUUUGAGCAUAGAGCUAAAACUUCCUCAGUUAGAAAGAAACGCUUAUGCAUUAAAGUUUGAAGACAGUGGCAACGAUGGUGUCUUUCUCACUAAAGAAAAUCGUAAUUUGAUUCCGCAAGGAUUUAUUCUUAUUUUAACUGCAUCUGCGGAACGUUAUGCUCAUUAUUUGUUGACAUGUUUACGUGCUUCAUCCAAGCAUGUUGACGAUUUGAAAGCAGCAGUCACUGAAUUAAUUUCUUAUUCUGGUGAUAUUUCCUUUGCUACGGAAUUCUUGCGUAUACAUGGAUAUGAUUAUAUAUUCGAAAUUAUCGAGAAAGGAAUAUAUGCAGACAACGUCUGUUUGCAAUCUCGAUUUCUUCAAGCUUUGCUGAUGCUAAUGGAUCACUCGGGUUUGAUGUAUUGGUCACAGGUUUCUGAUGACUUUAUUUCUAAAAUUGCAGAAAACAUCACUGGAAGAGCCAAGCAAGAAGAUAACACUUUAUUAGUGUCUUCGCUUAAUAUUGUCGAUCUCAUCUUGAAUUCAAAGAAUGAAGAUAAAAUGAAAUUGGUAUCACGAGAAGUUCCUUUUGAAUCACUUAUACGCCAUCUUGAGAAAUCAGAUGAACGAGUUAUACUAAACGUUUUAACAUUGAUGAAUUCUUUAUAUAUAAAAGCUAAAGACGAUGUAAGAGCUGAUAUCGUAGAGCAUUUGCAUGCAAAACCUUUUCGUUGUGCAGUUGAGAAGUCAGUCUUACGAAAAGGUAACCAGCUAGACGUUGGGAUUGAACAACAACUUGUCACGGUGCAGCGAAUACAGUUUAAUAAAUUAUGCCAGAAAGCCAUGCGUAUCCCAUCAGAUGCAGAAAUUGAGAGAGUUUUUUUGCUCAAAAUUUUUAAUAAUGAAGGCGGAAAGGGAUUGUAUGUGAGUAGUAUGUCAGAAGAAAAGCGAUUAGAAUUUUCAAGAUUUACAGAAGCAGUCAUACAAACACCACCAGGAUCAUUGGCACUAGAAACGAUCUUAUUAUUUGUCGCCCAUCACGCUGAUUCAAUUGCAAAAAUUUCUUUGGAAAAUGCGAUGCGAUCUGAUAACAACCCUUGGUCGUUUUUGAUAGUUUCGGUUCACUUAGUGCAAAUGCUAAUUGAAGUUUUACACGUAAUUAAUGAACCAGAAGAAGGUGAUCGAUUAUUGGUUUUAUUUUUCAAAAGCGAUCGGCCAUUUUUAGAUUUUUUUGCAUUACUUGUAAAACUUUUCCACCGUACGUGGCGGGAAAUGCAUGCAAGCGAAGAAGACAUCAAAAAGAUUUUUAAUACUUUUUUCAAGGUUUUGGCUGUUGUCAGAAAGCAAAUUGAUGUUUGCUUGCUAGAGAAACCAAGUACUCUUACGAAGUUAGAGGAAAUCUUAACAGCUCAUUCGUAUCCGCAUAUGAAAAAAAUUUGGGAAAAAGAAAGGAGUGCUAAAGAAGCGGAAGAAUUACAAAGUGAUGCUGUCAAAGAGCUUCGUGAGCAUCUCCGACCCAGUAUUGUAGAACUUAUUUUGAAAAAUCGAAAAAAUGUCCUAAAAAAUGGUUACAAAUUCGGGAAAUUAGUGAAAAGUAAAUCAAUUCAGAAAGGACAACAAUUUUGGUUCUGGAAAUUGGAUGCUAAUGAGAAAACAUUGAUUUGUACAGAUUGGUCCAGUCCAGAAUGUUCAUCAAAUCCAAAUUCUGAUGGAAAUUUGAAAAUAGAUGUAGCUGACAUACAGCGCAUUGUAGCGGGUAAUGAAGGAGAUUUUCCGGUAAAUGGUAGAAAGGGAAAAAAUAAUUCAAAUGUCCAUGGAAUAACAUUGGAAGUUGGUGAUAAACCCGAUAUUUAUCAUUUAAUCACUUUUGAUGAGCAAACAAUAAGUGCCUGGUGUGAUGGUAUCAACGCUUUAAUCGGUGUUGACAAGCUGUCGAUACAAGCCCAACGGCAAGUGGAUCGUUUUUUAAACAUCGAGUUGAAAAUGCGAUUGCUUGAGUUAGAUCACAUUCCAAAUUCAAUCGAAAUACCACCUCUUCCUGAGAAUUUCAGUUGGAUUCCAAAAAAUAUUGCGCACUCGAAUAAAUCUAUAACAAAAGUAUAA